UAUUCUCACUCUCCUUUGAACAUUUCUGGGCAAGGAAAUUCCUCCUCCUCUAAGCAAAUUCUUUGUCUCCGGAGACCCUCUGACCUGAAGAGCUUUCUUGGGGGAAAGAGAAAAAAAAGAAGGAAAACUAGCUCGGUUGCAAUAAAAAGAAAGAGAUGGCAAGAAAGAAGUUGAAAAAGUUCACUGAUUUGGAGCUUAUGCUCAGUGUUCUUCUGCUCGUAGUGUUUAUCAUCACCAUCCCUCUGUUUGUACUUUCAGCCAGAGAGUCUUUGGAAUCAAAAGAUCCUAGUACUCCAGGGCCAAGUACCCCUGAUUCGGCUGAGUGUGCCGUGGCAAAUGAGUUGGAACGGAUAAACUGCAUCCCUGACCAGUCACCAACAAAGGCCACUUGUGACCAGCGUGGGUGCUGCUGGAAACCUCAGGGAGCCAUAAGUGUGCCAUGGUGCUACUACUCUACAAAUCAUGGCUAUCAAGUGGAGGGUGACCUUGUGAACACAAAUGCAGGAUUCACGGCCCAGUUGAAAAGGUUGCCUUCUCCAUCCCUGUUUGGAAAUGAUAUCAACAACGUCCUUCUCAGAGCAGAAUACCAGACAGCGACUCGUUUCCACUUUAAGUUAACUGACCAAAAUCAGGACAGAUACGAAGUGCCUCAUGAACACGUCCAGCCCUUCCAAGGAAAUGCUGCUUCUCCCUUGACCUAUGAAGUCGUGGUCUCCAAACAGCCCUUUAGCAUCAAAGUGAUCAGAACAAGCAACAGUCGUGUUCUGUUUGACUCCAGCAUCGGGCCCCUGCUGUUUGCUGAUCAGUUCCUGCAGCUGUCCAUCCGCCUGCCCAGCGCUAACGUGUAUGGGCUGGGCGAGCAUGUGCACCGGCAGUACCGGCAUGACAUGAACUGGAAGACCUGGCCCAUAUUUGCCAGGGACACAGUCCCCAAUGGGGAUGGAAAUAACUUGUAUGGUGCACAGACAUUCUUCCUGUGCCUUGAAGAUGCUAGUGGAUUGUCCUUUGGAGUGUUUCUCAUGAACAGCAAUGCCAUGGAGGUGGCCCUCCAGCCCGCCCCAGCCGUCACCUACCGCACCACCGGGGGCAUUCUCGACUUCUAUGUGCUCUUGGGAAACACUCCAGAGCAAGUCGUUCAAGAGUACCUGCAGCUCAUUGGACUGCCAGCCCUGCCCCCGUACUGGGCACUCGGAUUUCAUCUCAGUCGUUAUGAUUAUGAAACCCUAGAUAACAUGAGAGAAGUCGUGGAGCGAAACCGUGCCGCACAGCUCCCUUAUGAUGUUCAGCAUGCUGAUAUUGAUUAUAUGGAUAAGAGGAAGGACUUUACUUAUAAUCCAGUAGAUUUCAAGGGCUUCCCUGAGUUGGCUCAAGAUUUACACAAUAACGGACAGAAACUGGUCAUCAUUGUGGAUCCAGCCAUUUCCAAUGACUCUUCCCCAAGUAAUCCCUAUGGCCCAUAUGACCGGGGUUCAGAUGCGAAGAUAUGGGUGAAUGAUCCAGAUGGAGUGACUCCACUCAUUGGGGAGGUCUGGCCUGGAAAAACUGUGUUUCCUGAUUACACCAACCCCAAGUGUACCACUUGGUGGGCAAAUGAAUUUAAACUUUUCCACAAUCAAGUAGACUUUGAUGGAAUCUGGAUUGAUAUGAAUGAAGUCGCCAACUUUGUGGAUGGUUCAGUUUCAGGAUGUUCCACGAGCAAUCUAAAUUAUCCUCCAUUUACUCCCAGGAUCCUGGAUGGGUACCUUUUCAGCAAGACUCUCUGCAUGGAUGCCGUGCAGCACUGGGGCAAGCAGUAUGAUGUCCACAAUCUGUACGGCUACUCCAUGGCGAUCGCCACAGCAGAAGCUGUCAAGACUGUGUUCCUUAACAAGAGAAGUUUCAUUCUAACCCGUUCCACCUUUGCGGGGUCUGGCAAGUUUGCAGCCCACUGGCUAGGAGACAACGCAGCUACCUGGGAUGAUCUCCGAUGGUCCAUCCCUGGCAUGCUUGAGUUCAACCUUUUUGGUAUCCCAAUGGUGGGUCCUGACAUAUGCGGCUUUUUAUUGGAUACUUCUGAAGAGCUCUGCAGGAGGUGGAUGCAGGUGGGGGCUUUCUAUCCAUUUUCCAGGAAUCACAACGGCCAAGGCUACAAGGUCCAGGAUCCUGCCUCCUUUGGAGCUGACUCUCUGCUGCUGAAUUCCUCCAGGCACUACCUCUCCAUCCGCUAUACUCUCUUGCCCUACCUCUACACCCUCUUCUACCACGCUCACAGCCGGGGGGACACGGUGGCCCGGCCCCUUCUGCAUGAGUUCUAUGAGGACAGCAACACUUGGGAUGUGUACCAGCAGUUUUUAUGGGGGCCCGGCCUCCUCAUUACUCCUGUUCUGGAUGAGGGUGCAGAGAAAGUGACGGCAUAUGUGCCUGAUGCUGUCUGGUAUGAUUAUGAAACUGGGGGCCGAGUGACAUGGAGGAAGCAAAAAGUGGAGAUGGAGCUUCCUGGAGACAAAAUCGGACUUCACCUUCGAGGAGGCUACAUCUUCCCCACACAGCAGCCAGCCACGACCACUGUGGCCAGUCGCCAGAACCCGCUUGGUCUUAUCAUUGCCCUGGAUGACAACAAAGAAGCCAAAGGCGAACUUUUCUGGGAUGACGGGGAAACGAAAGAUACUGUGGCCAAUAAAGUUUAUCUCUUGUGUGAGUUUUCUGUCACCCAAAACCGCCUGGAUGUGAAGAUUUUGCAUUCAACCUACACAGACCCCAAUAACUUAGUAUUUAAAGAGAUUAAAAUCCUCGGGACCCAGGAACCUAGCAACGUUAUAGUGAAACAAAAUGAUAUCCCAGUUCAAGUUUCUCCUAAUGUGACUUAUGAUUCUAACCUACAGGUGGCCCUUAUCACAGAAAUUGAACUUGAGCUGGGAAAAAAUUACACAGUGGAGUGGGGUGCGAAGAUAAGGGAUGAAGAAAAAAUAGACUGUUAUCCUGAUGAGACGGGUGCUUCUGAAGAGAACUGUGUUGCCCGUGGCUGCGCCUGGGAGGCAGCCACUUCUGGAGCCCCUUAUUGCUAUUUUAUCAAUGAGCUGUACUCUGUCAGUGAUGUUCAGUAUGACUCAUUUGGGGCCACAGCUGCUGUCUCCUUAAAGUCUUCUCUGUAUGCCUCCGCUUUGCCCUCGGUACCCGUGAACUCCCUCCGUCUGAGUGUGACCUACCAUAAGGAGAACAUGCUGCAGUUUAAGAUUUAUGAUCCCAGCAACAACCGGUAUGAAGUGCCAGUUCCUCUCAACAUACCCAGGGUUCCAUCUGGCACCUCUGAGAGCCGCCUGUAUGAUGUCCUCAUUAAGAAGAAUCCAUUUGGGAUUGAAAUCCGCCGGAAGAGUACAGGCACCGUAAUUUGGGACUCUCAGCUCCUUGGCUUCACCUUCAAUGACAUGUUCAUCCAAAUCUCCACACGCCUGCCCUCCCAGUACCUCUACGGCUUUGGGGAAACGGAGCACACAGCCUUUCGAAGAAACUUGAACUGGCACACGUGGGGGAUGUUUUCUCGAGACCAACCCCCAGGGUACAAGAAGAAUUCCUACGGUGUUCACCCCUACUACAUGGCACUGGAGGAAGACGGCAAUGCCCAUGGAGUGCUCCUGCUGAACAGCAACGCCAUGGAUGUGACCUUCCAGCCCCUGCCUGCCUUGACUUACCGUACCACAGGAGGAAUUCUGGACUUCUAUGUGCUGUUGGGGCCAACUCCAGAGCUUGUCACUCAGCAGUACACUGAGUUGAUCGGUCGGCCAGUGAUGGUUCCUUACUGGUCCUUGGGUUUUCAGCUGUGUCGCUAUGGAUACGAGAACGACUCUGAGAUUGCCAGCUUGUAUGAUGAUAUGGUGGCUGCCCAGAUCCCCUAUGACGUGCAGUACUCGGACAUCGACUACAUGGAGCGGCAGCUGGACUUCACCCUCAGCCCCAAGUUUGAUGGAUUUCCAGCUCUGAUUAACCGCAUGAAGGCCAACGGCAUGCGGGUCAUCCUCAUUCUGGACCCAGCCAUUUCUGGUAACGAGACAAAACCCUACCUGCCGUUCACGCGGGGUGUGGAAGAUGAUGUCUUCAUCAAAUAUCCAAGUGAUGGGAGCAUUGUCUGGGGAAAGGUCUGGCCUGAUUUUCCUGAUAUCGUUGUAAACUCAUCUCUUGACUGGGACAGUCAAGUGGAGCAAUACCGAGCUUACGUGGCCUUCCCAGACUUUUUCCGUAAUUCGACUAUCACAUGGUGGAAGAGGGAACUGAGAGAACUAUACACCAAUCCACAGGAUCCCGAGAAGAGCUUGAAGUUUGACGGCAUGUGGAUUGAUAUGAAUGAACCGGCGAGUUUUGUGAAUGGGGCAGUUUCUCCAGGCUGCAGGGACAGCUCUCUGAACCACCCUCCCUACAUGCCAUAUUUGGAGUCCAGGAACAGUGGCCUGAGCAGCAAGACCCUGUGCAUGGAGGGCGAGCAGAUCUUGCCUGACGGCUCCCCCGUGCGGCACUACGACGUCCACAGCCUCUACGGGUGGUCCCAGACCAGACCCACCUACGAAGUUGUGCAGGAAGUGACGGGAGAGAGAGGGAUCAUCAUCACCCGCUCCACCUUCCCCUCUUCUGGCCGCUGGUCAGGACACUGGCUGGGCGACAACACGGCUGCGUGGGACCAGCUAAGGAAAUCUAUCAUCGGCAUGAUGGAGUUUAGCCUCUUCGGCAUCUCCUAUACGGGAGCAGAUAUCUGUGGAUUCUUUCAAGAUGCUGAGUUUGAAAUGUGUGCUCGCUGGAUGCAGCUGGGGGCCUUUUACCCCUUCUCAAGGAACCACAACACCAUUGGGACCAGGAGGCAAGACCCUGUGUCCUGGAAUGCCACCUUUGUGGACAUCUCCAAAAGUGUCCUGGAGAUCAGAUACACCCUGUUGCCGUAUCUCUACACCCUGAUGCACAUGGCCCAUGCAGAGGGCAGCACGGUCGUGCGGCCUCUUCUCCACGAGUUUGUAUCAGACCGGGUAACCUGGGAUUUAGACAGUCAGUUCCUGCUGGGCCCAGCCUUCCUGGUCAGCCCUGUCCUGGAACCUAAUGCCAGAAAUGUCACUGCCUAUUUCCCCAGAGCCCGCUGGUAUGAUUAUUACACGGGAGUGGACAUUAACGCCCGAGGAGAGUGGAGGGACUUGUCAGCGCCUCUGGACCACAUUAAUCUUCACAUCCGCGGGGGAUACAUCCUGCCCUGGCAAGAGCCCGCACAGAACACUUACUACAGCCGUCAGAAAUUCAUGGGCUUCAAGGUUGCCUUGGAUGAUGAGGGGACCGCUGAAGGUUGGCUCUUCUGGGAUGAUGGGCAAAGCAUUGAUACCUAUGAACAAGGACUCUAUUACCUGGCCAACUUUUCUGUCAGCCAGAAUACGAUGCAGAGUCAUGUAAUUUUCAACAAAUACAUCAGUGAUACAAACCCUUUGAAACUGGGCUACAUUGAGAUCUGGGGAGUGGGCAGUGCCCCCAUUUCCAGUGUGAGCAUCUCUGCGAGCGGCGAGGUUAUAACACCCAUCUUCAUCCACGACUCUGCAACACAGGUGUUAAACAUUGACGUGACCAACAGAAACCUCAGCCUACAUAAUUUCAGUUCCUUGACGUGGACAAGCGCUCCGGAUUCUUAGAGCAAGAGCCUAACUAUGCAUGGCUUUGAAACUACUUCUACUUCACCCUCAUGAAAUUAUUGUGUGUUUCUAAUUGAUUCAUGCCCAGUAUGGGUAAAAUAUUUUAUUAAUUUUAUGUUCUGUCUGUGGCGUAGCCCUAUGGUAUAGGCAGUAGGGAAGUGUGGAAAACUGGGGGUUACCUUCAUGUCUCAGUGUGAUUAGUAUGGUCCUGAUGGCGCCUCAUACAAAAUUUACUGAAGAUUCACUGGGCACAUGAUGAAGUGUGUGUGUGUGUGUGUGUGUGUGUGUGUGUAAUCAGGGAAUGGGCCCACCUUUGCCAAAUACGCAAGAGGCAUCUGACCAGGACAGUUCAGAUCUAGAGCCAACUAACAUCUCAACGAAGUACCCAGAAAGAACAUCUGCUCCCUGUGGUUAUAGGGAGAUGAGCUGACAUGCUAAGAGCAUAUAUAAGGGCAAGAAAAGGCAAAGGCAGGAAAGGUAAACAAGGACGAUGAGAGGGAAUGGGUGAUGCGGAUAAAAGUGAUCAUGACAAGGUGGAGGGUAACAGUAAGAUAUUAGGAGUGAUAGCCUCGUGGGGAGGAAGGAAGGAAGGGCCAAGUCUCGUGAAGGCAAGAGUAAGGUUGGGAUAAAUCCUUAGCAUGUGGGCGUAGGGCUGGGGACAAGAUUUAAGCAGGAGAAGCUGAAGGAAGGAGUUUGAAUGUAAAAAAUGACUCACUUUUGCAGUGGUGUGCUUCAAAAUAUGUAAAUUUUAUUUCUCUACUCUGUGCCUAAUGUAUAUAACCACAGUUGACACAAAUGCAUACAAUUUACAUGCCAAAGAAAAAUAAAACAGAUUUACAAGAGA